GCCUGCCCCCUCAGCCCUGUAGCUGGGGGCAGAGCUCAGGUAGGACUGCCGUUUGCGGGGAUGUGAGCUCCGGGGGCAGGCCCGGGUCGUAAUCAGGAGGGGGCUGGCCUGGGUCGGUCUCAGGCGGGGGUCGCUGGCCCUGGGGACCGAGGCUGUCUGGAACCACGCUGCGUUCCCUGCGGACACCUCUGACUUGUGUCUGGGCCCCCGCUGAUGGGAAGGUCCCAUGUUCCAUUUCCACCCUCUAGGGGGGGAGCGACACGUGUGUUCCCUGGAUGACUUUCCUUAUGUCGGGUCGUACAGGAUUCUGGGAGUCCCUGGAGACAGAGUAAUGGGCCCUCCUCCGCUUUCUUGCGAGUGGAGACUGUCUUCUGAAGAUUGAUGUCUAUUUCCUUGAGCUCUUUAAUUUUGUUGCCUAUUUGGAUAAACAUGGCACAAAUCCAGCAGGGAGGUCCAGAUGAAAAAGAAAAGACUACCGCACUGAAAGAUUUAUUAUCUAGGAUAGAUUUGGACGAACUAAUGAAAAAAGAUGAACCGCCUCUUGAUUUUCCUGAUACCCUGGAAGGAUUUGAAUAUGCUUUUAAUGAAAAGGGACAGUUAAGACACAUAAAAACUGGGGAACCAUUUGUUUUUAACUACCGGGAAGAUUUGCACAGAUGGAACCAGAAAAGAUACGAGGCUCUAGGAGAGAUCAUCACGAAGUAUGUAUAUGAACUCCUGGAAAAGGAUUGUAAUUUGAAAAAAAUAUCUAUUCCAGUAGAUGCCACUGAGAGUGAACCAAAGAGUUUUAUCUUUAUGAGUGAGGAUGCUUUGACAAAUCCACAGAAACUGAUGGUUUUAAUUCAUGGUAGUGGUGUUGUCAGGGCAGGGCAGUGGGCUAGAAGACUUAUUAUAAAUGAAGAUCUGGACAGUGGCACACAGAUACCGUUUAUUAAAAGAGCUGUGGCUGAAGGAUAUGGAGUAAUAGUACUAAAUCCCAAUGAAAACUAUAUUGAAGUAGAAAAGCCGAAGAUACACGUACAGUCAUCAUCUGAUAGUUCAGAUGAACCAGCAGAAAAACGGGAAAGAAAAGAUAAAGUUUCUAAAGAAACAAAGAAGCGACGUGAUUUCUAUGAGAAGUAUCGUAACCCCCAAAGAGAAAAAGAAAUGAUGCAAUUGUAUAUCAGAGAAAAUGGUUCUCCUGAAGAACAUGCAAUCUAUGUUUGGGAUCAUUUCAUAGCUCAGGCUGCUGCUGAGAAUGUGUUUUUCGUUGCUCACAGCUAUGGAGGACUUGCUUUUGUUGAACUGAUGAUUCAACGAGAAGCAGAUGUAAAAAAUAAGGUAACUGCUGUGGCAUUGACAGACUCUGUUCACAAUGUGUGGCAUCAAGAAGCUGGCAAAACGAUUCGAGAAUGGAUGAGAGAGAACUGUUGUAAUUGGGUCUCUAGCUCAGAACCAUUAGACACAUCAGUGGAGUCCAUGCUACCUGAUUGCCCCCGGGUCUCAGCAGGCACCGACCGUCACGAGCUAACUUCCUGGAAGAGCUUCGCGUCUAUUUUCAAAUUCUUUACCGAAGCCUCAGAGGCCAAGACCAGCUCCCUGAAGCCGGCUGUGACGCGCCGCUCGCAUCGCAUCAAGCACGAAGAGCUGUAAGAGGAGCGAGCGCGACGGAGGAGGCCGCCCUGGCGCACGCACCCGCACGCCUCCUCACUGCUUGUGUCGUCGAGCGGACUCCCAGCCCCUCAUUAGAUUGUUUUCUUCCCAGAGCACAGGGUCGUGAUAUAUACAUCUAAAUAGCGUUUUGCAUUAUUUCUAGAUGAGUGCAACUGUCAAAGCAAUAUGGGUUCACUGGUCGUGCUUCCUGCGGGCUGAGCGCGGGCUGAGCGCUGCCAGUCAGCGCUCAGAUUAAGGCUGACAGCGCCCUGCCUGGCGCUGCCGGCGAGGCUCUAAUUGCCCCGACGGAGACCGCGCGGGCGCUGCGGGUCGGGCGGCGUCGGCGCGGUCCUAGCGCCCGCCGUAGCGCAGCAGCUGCUGCUUCCCUCUUCUUAAUCAUGUCCAUCUUUUCCCGCUCUCAACUGGAGCAAACUUCUAUUCCAGACUUCAGAUUUCCAUUUUAACUAGGUUUUUUCCUGAGGGCAUCUUAUUACCCACCUCUUUUUUUUUUUUUUUUUUUUUUUUUUUUUAGGAAGUUCCACACACACACCCCAAAGCCGAUUUCAAAUUCAGAACCUGAAUGCCAUGAUGUACCAUGUAGUUUGGGGAGUGCAAAUUGUUCUCUCCCUGUUUUCAUUUCGGGACCAGAAAAAAAAAACUUUGCAUAAAAAUCUAUAAAGUACUGAAUCCGCAUUACUGCUGAAAAUCCUUUUGCCGGCUGAUUGUGAGAGUUUACACAAGUCUCUGAUUUCAGAAGAGACUGUUAAAACCAAAACAAUGAUGGGCAGCUCUUUUAAGUGUAGCUGUGAAAGGUCCCAUUUUCAAUGGAAUUUCCAACUGUUAUCACUGGGAUUGACUUUACUUUUUAAACGCAUAAUGUGUACUGAGUGGCAUUUUAAUUUAGAUAUAACACACUUAAGUUUUGCUUUUUAAAUCUCUCUGUGGAGAAAGAUUGUUGUUGUUAAUCCUUUCCAGAAUGAUCUAUUCUGAGCUUUCCUGGAGUUAGGCCCUUCUAGGGAGAGAAUUUUUUUAUUGUCAUCAGGAAACUAAACCUAUGUGCUCUGCAGCCUUUUUCUUCUGAAAGGCUAAGUGGGGCUAAAAUUAUCCUUUUAGUUUUCUGCUUUAACAAGAAGAGAAUGACUCGGUGUGAAAGAAUUUCUUCUCUCAGUCUAAUGGUAUAAUUUUUAGCACUCCGCUUCCUCUGUAGGGUUUAGCCCUACAGUUUGAACAAUUAAAUAUUUUAAUCCAGCUAAGAUGUGGCCAACACUGUGAAGUACAGGAAAUGUUAAGGUUUUACUGACUUAGAUUAAAAUAUUAAAAUUUCACAUUAUAUUUUAAUUACUUGACAAGUUUAAUUACCUAGUAAAGAUUGUUUCUAAUAGAGGAGAACAUGAAUUUAAUAGUUUUCAUCCUUUUUUAAAGUGUGUGCAACAAUUAAUAUGCCUGCCUUAUUUGAGGACAUGAUAAAAUGUACCCAAAAUGACUUCGAACUGUCUAAUGCCUCAGAAAAGUAACUUAAAAUCAACCACUUCAUGCUUAAAUGUUUUUAUACUAUGAACCGAUUUCAACAAGUUUUAAAGCUGUUCAUAUCUCAUUGCUGUGUUUGACAUACAAGUACAUUCAUUAGUUCUAUAGUCUUAAUGAUGACAAAUUAAAGAUUUUUUUUAGUGGUCAGGUAUGCAUAUAUUUUGGUGUUACUUAAGCAAAAUCAACUAUAUAGGAGGAAAAAUCAAAAUGGCCUUUUAUUCAGCUACUGCAUGGCUUAAAAUGAGUAAACCCCAACAACAUCAAGCACAUUUGUCUGUGAUAUUGACCCCUUUAAUCCAAUCGUUACUAUUUUAGAAGUAGUGGUGAACUGUGUAAAAUAAUGGUAUCUUCAGCAGUGUUCCGGAAUCUUACUUAAGGGACAAACAUUCCUUCCAAUGAGAGAUUCAAGAAUUGAUGUGAAUUGAAUAUAUUUUUCAAGGUAUUAUAAACUGUGUCGUGUUUUCAGUAUAUGAAAAUGUUGACAGGAAACAAUUUUAUAGCAUUUAUAAAAAACCAACACUUGUGCAAUGCUAAAUUUGCGACGCUUCUGCACCUGAAUUAGAGCAAAAUAAAUAUGCUCAGUUUAUAAACCAAAUCACUGCUAUUCCUUCUCUCAAAUCAUCUCUCCUCUUUUUAAACCUUUACUUAUAGCUAGAAUAAAUCACUAUUUAAUUGCCUCUAAUACUUUAAAACUACUGGAUGGUUAGGCCUUGUUUAACUAUUUAUGGAGAGCUAUUUGCAAACUUAAGUUGUGUAAAUGUAAUUUCUACUUGUGAAUCUGAGCUGUAGCAGCCCAGAGGGAGCUAGGCAAACUAUUCCAGACCACCAACUGAUAAGUGAUCAGAUUCUUUGUAAUGUAGGAUUUUUUAAUCUGUUGAUUAUGGGUUUGUUGAUAUAAAUGUAAUAAUGUUCACCUCGAUUUUCCUGGAAUAACAACCAGCAGUUGGUAGUAGCCCACCUGCAUGAGGGCGGCCAGUGUUAACAAUAUUUUUGCUCUGAUCUUCUUCUUCCCCAUUUUUGUUUCCUCAAACAGGUUUUUAGGAGAGUGGAGAUUUAAAGUCAGGAUGUGGGCUUUUUAUUUUAAUUAUAUACUUAAUUCUUAGAACAAGUAGAAUGGGAAAGGAGUGACUGAUAAAUCUAAGAUUCAAAAUAGUCCUAUCAAAACUUAAAGGCCAGAUUAUUGCUUUGGAGCUUUCUGUAGGUACUAGCCAUCCAGUCGUUAAAUGUUUUCAUGGAUAUUUGAAAAGAAGACCAUGUACUUGUAAUAACUGUUCUUUUCUCGAGUUUCUGCCUUGUGCUUUGACCUGGAUUGCAUUAUUAUUGUUUAUGCGAAGUAAAAAACAAGGAAAGCACAAGCUUUUCCUGUAUAUUAUAUUUCCAUUUCCCUUUUAAAAUAAAAACAAUUUUCCCAACAACAGCGGUGUCAUUAUUCUUGCUCAGAAGAAUUCUUGCUUAUUCACCAAUUGCAUAGAGAUUUUUUAAAGCAAAAACAUAAAAGGAAGGAUGAGACAGAAUCCAUCAAUAUUUUAAACCUUCUGGCUACUUUUUAUUUCUGUUAGUAUUGCUGUAAAGUAAUAUCCUAACUUCAGUUGAGUCACUAUUUGACUUACACCUUUUACAAAGCUAACAUUUCUAAGACAGUUGUUUUUAAUAUCUAAAAUAUCUCCUUAGCAAGGAAAUCUGAACAACCUAUCAUUAAACUGUUGUUUUAUAAAAUAAACUUGAAUAUGCCAUAAAUAAACAUGUUUUCCAAGAGGAGUCUGGUGAGUUUAAGUUGCCUCCAAGUUCGUGUAUAUAGGUUCUUGAUGUACUGUGUUCGAUCUGAAAAUAACUUACAUUUCUUUUACAGCUUUCUUAAAACCUUUAGUCCCUUUUAGAGAUAUGCUAACUAUAUUAUCCGUGCUAAUAAGUUAGAUUUUGUUUCUCUGGAUUAUCUGCGGUUCAGUCCAAACACAUGUAUGUCUCUUGUUAUAAUCAUAUUUUUUACUGUAAACUGAAAGGUUGCUGUUGGUGUCUGUAAUCCUAAUUCAUUUAAGAAAGAGUACUACUACAGAAAGUGUAAAAAUUUUUCAAAAACUUUCCACAUGCCUCUGUGGAGAAAAAAAAAUGUCUUUAAAUAAAUGUGAGACACUCAUCUUUGAAAUAUGGGUGGCAAAAA